GGCGGGUUUGAUAAAAUGGCUGAACACGUGUCAUCUCCUCUUUGGAAAAUAUUUGUAACACAUCUCCAAAGGAACUAUGUGGUUGCUGUCAGGGAGACUGAUAGUGUUCUUGAUCUGAAAAAAGAAAUUUUAAAGUCACAUGCUGCUUUACAGAGCCGCUUUCAUGGAGAAGGUGUUCUGUCACCACCUGAUACUAGUCUCAGUCCGGACUCAAUUGGUUUAUUUUUAUUAAACAAUUACGAACUUUGUAAUCACAACAGAAUAUCCGACGUACUCUACGAUGGAGCCUACAUUACCACUUCCCAUUCCGACCCACUAUCAAUAAGAAUGCCACAAAAUUCUUAUAAUUCCCCGCCUCAAUUACCAUACUCUCUCCAUCCCUCCUCAACAUUUAACUUUCCAAGACCUCAGUCAGCAUUCCCACAGAAUUUUAUCCCGACAAUACCAGAUUCAUCAGUGAGGAUGACAGAUAGUUACAUAUAUAGUGUCAAAAGACCUGAAUACUCUAGACCUGAUGAACUGACACACUCAUUAACUGCCAAGCCUGUUGCAGUGGAGGAAGAGAAAAGAACAGUGGGGGCUGAAGGGGAAGCAAAAGGAAGCUCUUCAGGGAAAGGAAAGAAGAGAAAGGCAGAGUCUUCUUCUGAGCCGCCAACGAAAUCGAAAAAGAAGAAACGGUCUUCAACGAAAAAGGACGAGAAUAAUCUUCAAGACGAGGAAGAAGACAAAGCUACUGAUUCCAGUAAAGGAGGUGGUGCCAGUAAAAGUAGCAAGAAAUCAAAAAAGAAAGAGGGGAGUUCUUCAUCAAAGAAAACAGAAUCAAAAUCAAAGAAAGAAGAUUCAGCAACUACUUCCUCAGACCUUCUAACUCGAUCCUUUGUUAGGGAAUUAUUGUCAUCAUCAAGUGAUGAAGAUUUUGAAGAAAUUGCAUUACGGACUGUCGAAGCAAGCAAAGGAGUAAAAGAGACUGGAGGUAAUGGAACUGAAUCAUGUGAUACUGAAGAGACUAGUAUUCCCUCAAAAGAAAAAGAAGUAUCUACUCCUGAGCAACUAGCAGUAACUGAGGAUAAUUAUCAUAAAAAGAAAGAUUCAAAAUCAAGUAAGAAAGGUUCGUCCUCUUUAAGUUUAAAGAAGAAAGGAGCAAAGAAAACGACCAAGUCUCCAAAGACGCCAGUCACUGUAUCAGCACCAACUGUUGUAGCACCUCCUGAGAAUAAAUCUACUAAAACUAAGCCAUCUACUACUAGUACUGGUGGCAAUAAAUCUAAAGGAAAGACUAGUUCUGUGACUAUCGAUUUAUCUUCCAGCAGUGAUGAAAGUGAUGACGAGAGAGAGGAAGAGAAUAAAGGAAUGGAAGAAGAGCCGAUUACUAAUAAUGAAGUAUUAGCAGCUCAAAAACCUAAUGCACCUCCUCCUAGCCAGCGAGAGAAAGAGAGCAAAGAAGGAGAGAAAGAAAGUUCGCACUCAUCUGAGUCUAGUGAUGAAAAUGAUGAUACUCCUCCAACGAAAAGCAAUACCAAUACUGGAACUAAAAAUACUGUUGAGACUGGUGGUAAUACAGUUAGUGAGAAUGGGUUGUCUUUGAGUGAAGAAGAGGAGGAGGAGGAGGAGGGAGGAGAGAAAUUGGAGAAAGAUAAAGAAACAAAUGAAGCUGCUUCUCAGGAUUUGUUUGCAAAAGAAGAUAGCAGUAGUGAAACUGAUAGUAAUAAUGAGAGUGAAGAGAUUCCAAUGCAAGCUCCAGUAAAAGGGACCAGUAGGAAAACUGGUAGUGAACCAGCAGCAAAACUACCACUGGAAACUAAAGCAACAAAACCUACCAAAACUGCAGCCAUUGCUCUAACGAAGUCAGCUACAGCAGCACAUCCUCCAGGACGGGCUCCUCCUGUUAAAUCAAAGACAUCAAGUACAGGAACACAGCAGACACUGAAACAAAACACUGUAUCUAAAGAAGUAGAUGAUGAUGAUUCUUCAUCUUCAGUAUCCACCAGUGAAGAGGAGGAGGAGGAGAAAAGAGAACCUGUCAUUCAAAAGAAAGGAGGGGUCACCACACGUAGCAAGACCACAGGCUCAGGACUUCAAGCAUUAGCAGUAGAUGCUGAGCCUUCUAACAAGAAGACACUUAAGAAAACCAGUACAUUACCGCCAAGCAGCUCCAAACUUCAUCAAAAGUUAAAGUCUUCACCCGCUGGAAUCAUUCCAGCAAAGUUAUCUCAGAAGAGAAAGCAGCAAGCUAGAAAGAUAGGGGGCCUAGAGCAACUGACAGCAGUUGAGGAGAAAUUAUCACAAAGUUUGUCUCAAGAGGAUGUGUCACAGAUGAUAGCUAAUAACGAAUCAGUGUGGGCUGUAUGAUGAAAGCUAUAGCCUCUUUUAUAAAUAUUAUUUUUGACAUUAAACUGUAAUAAUAAA